AAAAACAGAAGAACAGUAAGGGUUAGGGCUUCCCUUGCCAGAGCAGAGAGAGGGAAGGAGACGCUGAGAGAGGGAGAAGGAGACGUUGGUUCAGAGCAGACGGUUGAGAAGAGAUGCAACAACAGUCCAGUUUCAAUUGUAAAGGACACAAGAUUGGUAAAGAGGAUCUGGUGAUAGUGAGAGAUCCGGGCAUGGUCCAUUCACAGUUGUACUUGAUGGAGUAAUGUUCUGGAGAGCAGAACAUGGGCCCCGGUCUUCAGAACUGAAAACCCAAAUCAGAAUUCCAUCCAAAAUGGACGCUAAGCACUCAGCUGAAAUGUUGAAGCACCUGGAGAAGCAAAGUGAAGUUCUUAUGGAAGCAUACCGGUCAAUGUCACAUGAAUUGCAUAGACUUCAGGUGGAAGAAGAAAUGCUUAUGCGCAAAUUUUAUGAACUUAUGUCAGCUCAAGGCCUAGUUAAAAAGAUGGGUGGAUUGUUGAAAUUUGAUGUUUGGAGUUUGGGGAUUCUCUCCUUGUGAGGACUGUUUUUGUAAGGGUGGUUUUGGCCCAAUGGUGAAGUUGGAGAACAGGUGUGCAUUAGCUUCUUCAAAUGGAUUGUGGAGUGGACCUUGUGAUCAUUAGCAGAUAACAUACAAUUGUGUGGUGGGUUUGGUUUGGUUUGGUUUGAUUACACCAAAUGAAGGGAAGCUGUUGACAAAUCUUCUUUCAUUGAAAAGGGGGAAAAAAGUACAAAAAGAAAAAAGGCCAUAUGAUAACAAUAUCAUGCAUAUCUAUUAUAUACAAUUAACAUAUACACAGAAGGAUCUACGUGUGUUGGAGGUUAACUUAUCCUUCAAGGCUAGAACCCUUUUUACGAGCAUUAAUCCCUUGAGAGUAGGUCGAAGCAUACAACCGGUUGUAUGAAGUAUAUAAUGGGCCAGUUUGGGCUAUACAGAUUUCAAUCUGAUCCCAAAAACUUGUCACAUAAUUAGGUUGGACCUUGUUAUUAGAAUGACCUUGAACUGACCUAGGAAUGGCUCAUUGUACAACCCUAUAAAAACCUCGCACAUCUUCCAAUUGAUCAGCAUUGCAGCGGUGUGGAGGCUGGUAUGGGUCUACAUAGUGGUGUGCUCAUAAAUUCAUGUUUUCAAAUGAUCUUUACUUCUUUUUUUUCAAGGACGACAAUUUAUUGGUUAAACGGCGAAGCCGAAAAGAUUACAGAGAGCAAAAAAGGAAAUUUACAAUGCAUUCCAAUCCUGGCCUGAAAGGCUACAUGCAUGCAAAAUUGCAAUAAUGGAAGCCCAUUUUAUUACAUAGGAUUUCGUUGUAAAUAAAACUCUCCUAGGAUCUCGAGAAACAUCCUUGAAACAUCUGUUGUUUCUUUCACCCCAAAGAGACCAAACACCUGUAAGAAGAGAUAUUCUUCACAUUGCUUGACCCAAAUCUCCAAUGCCUCCUCUAUGCUUUGUCUAAAAACCCUUCAAUUGACUAGGGCAUUACUCACGCUACUCCAAAAAUCCGAAAAAAAAACUUUCCCGAACCUCCUUGGAAAACAAACAAUGCAUGAAAAGGUGAUUGACCGACUCCUCUGAAGACAUAAGGGACAUGCAUUCAUGAUGUAUAAGCCCCUCUUAGAUUGUCAAUCGUUAAUACCCUAUUCCAACCCACCAACCACGCAAAAGUCACCACCUUUAAUGGCGCCCCAUAGGACCAUAAAAAGAAAGAAUGCGCUUUCCUGCCAUCAACCUGGCCACCCAUAAGCAUAUCCCACAUUCUAUUGUACUAAAUCGAUGUCACGCCCCGAAAUUCGGUACCUGAGUUGGCCAAGCCCGAACCCGAAUUCCAGGUCUGUGAGUUGUACUAAAACAAAAUAUACAUCGCAACCCACAUUAUUUUCAUGUAUUUUCAAGGCAAUCAGAGUAACUAAAAGGAUAAUAAUCAUUGACAUUAAAUAACGUCCACUAAUCAAUUCUUAAAUCUUUAAUUACAUUGAUAAAAUAAUAAUAAUAAUAACAAUGCAUUGAAUUUUAAGAAAUCUUCAAAUAAAACAGUAGGAAAAGUCCUCAAUCUUGCCCAACGGGUUCUUCAUAUACAAGCCUUGCAAAAUAGUCUAUACGGGUGCGAGCGCAACGACUCGUAGGGUCAAAUCAUUCCCAAAAUUGAAAAUUUUACGAUAACACCAAUAUAUCUCAUUAGAAUAAACAUGAUCGAGUGCAAGUAUUGAAUUAGCAUUUUUUAUGGCAAUAGUAACAAUUUGGUAUUCAUAAAAUAAAAUAAGAUAAGACAAUCAUCCAAAAUCCUUUUUGGUUCAAUCCAGACCAGAGCACCCGUAUGUGUUGAUCCUUUUAGGGAAUAACCAUCGGCAAAGCACUGGUGUUUAUCCUUUUAGGUAAUGACCCUUGGCAGAGCAUCAGUGAAUAAACUUUUAGGGUAAUACCUAGGCAGAGCACCUGUGUGUGCAUAUCUUUUAUGGAAUCGCCCAGGGCAGAGCACCCGUGCCAAUCCUUUCGGGUAUGACCCUAGGCAGAGCACCCGUACCGUGCCGAUCCUUUCGGGAAUGACCCUGGGUAGAGCACCCAUAAAAAUACAAUGAUCCUUUUAGGGUAGAGCACCCAUAAACAAAUAACAUGGUGAUCCUUCUGGGGCAGAGCACCCGUAAAUUGAAGUACAUUCUUUAUCAUGUAAUAAUAAAGAAAUAAUUGUAAUUUAAGUACGCCACGAUAAUAAAACGAAGUCAAUUAAUAACUCAAAUAAAUUAUCUCUACAAUAUGCAACCAAGAAAUCAAAUAAAAUAAUAUGCAACUAAUGACAAUGAUUAAAUAAAUUUAAUAUAUAAUAAAUAAUCAAAUCAAUAUAUAUGUUAACCUAAAAUUUUCGACAUGGAAGAUCACCUACCUGCUAUUAGAGUGAUAGAUUUGAUGUGAUGAUGGAUUCUACAUGUAGAUGGUCUAAAUCCGAUUUCUCAUAAACUCAAUUCGACACAUUUAAACUAGUAUCACUCGGUAAAUGUUUUCAACGUAAAACGAUUGCUUCCCUACACAAAUCAUACAUAUUGAUUUAUUAAGACCUACACUAGGGUUUCUAAUUAUCUAAUAUUUAAAAUAUAAGAAAUAUACCACGUUAAAUCACUGAGUUGACUCGGUGAGUCGACUCAAAUCAAGGCUACUCUAACAUAUAAAAUCAAAGGAUGAAGAUAGAAACUUAGCUGAUAAAUGGCUCGAAGUUGGAAUAUGGAAUCAGCUCGGAUGAUCGGGCCAGCAGGUCAUCGGGUUGACUCACUGAGUUAACUCGUUGAAACUGCCUUCUUCUCUUUCUUCCUUCUUUCUUUUCUUCUCAUUUCCUCUAGCUUUUUCUUCUGAUUCAUUCUUCUGAUCUUGUCCAAAAUACGCUGGAAUAACAACUCAGAUGAGAUAAAAUAAUGAGCCAGGCGACUCGGAACGUUUGACUAUCUCUUCCUCUCAUUGAUUCAUUUUCUUUCAUUUUUCUUUUUAUUUCUGUCUCUGAUCUCUUUCUCAUAAUGGAGGCUAUUUGAAGUCUCAAUGGACGUAUACAUGUCUUUAGAAAAACACGGCUCUGGAGUUUCCGUGGCACAAGGAAAGUUGGCGCCAAUGCCAUUGUUUUGAGUGUCAGUUUCAUUGAAGGUGAACGUGGAUUGUGGAAGCGGAAUGAUUCCAUUUCGAGCGGAGUCUAUAACAGUCGUAGGUUAUUUGCGGACUAUAACUGCAUAAUAGUUGUGUGGGGUCCACUAAGAUGGUUUGAAAAGAAAUUUAAACCAUCCAACAGGUUUGACACUUUAGUUGAGGAUGAGAGCUUAAAAAUGAGGUUGAUUAGUGGUUUGAGUGGGCCGCACAGGGAGUUUCGGAUCAUCAGACAGUUGAGUUUUGGGUUUCCACCACAACCUGGUUAGAUGGAUGGUUUAGAUUUGAAUGAGGGGCCAACCAUGAUGGACAGGGAGAUGGGUAGGGAUGUAGUUGGUGCGGCUGUUGAGGCGAAUGGAGAAAAAGGAGGAGAGAGAAUCUCUAGGUGGGUUGGAUACGUGAGAGUAGUGACAUGCAUCAACAUGUCAAUUUCUUUCUUCUUUCUUCUUUUUUUUUUUUUUUUGAAAAUAUGGUGGGACCCAUAGAGAUGUCGUGACAAAUCCACUCCGUCCAUCAGUAGUGUCCACCCAUGAUAGGGCAUGGGCCCAAAAAUAAGACUGAUCCAAAGCUCAACUGGGCCACACCGUAAGAAACAAUGGGGUUUGGGAUACCUACCAUUGAAAAAAAAUGGGAUGUUACAAUUGACCUCCUUCAAAAGGGAAACCCUUGAUGGUUGAUUCAAUAAAGCUACCAAUUUUUCAAAUUCAUCGUGCUAAAGGUUCCUACAACACGAGGGAAGUCAAAUCCCCCAACCACACAUCCUUCAAAAACCGAACUCUCGAACCAUCCUCCACCCCAAAGCCAACCUCGCCUUUCACGACUUUAUUCUCAUAAUAACGCUCCACACCCCCAACGCUUCGUACAAAGAGGAACUAUCAGGCCACCACCCCUCCCUC